AUGGAACACUUGGCCCGGAUACAAAAGAACGAUGCUGCUCCAUGUCGCCGGAGCCUGACAAUGCGGUGCCAUGCUGGCCUCUGGGCAACGGCACCAGCCUCUCUUCCAGGCUCAACUUGCUCGCCUGCGGCACAUGCACUGCCGGCCAAUGGACCGCGCGAUCUCGCGCAGCACAUUGACAUCAGCUUCGACUGUUUCACUUGCGUUGCCAAGUGGAAGGUGGCAGCUAGCUGCUGGCAGUUAAAAAAUCCCACGCUCUGGAAGGCUUGCCGAACUGGAAAGGCCAAGGGCAGCAGGUCUGGUGACGCUUCACUUUCGCUUCCCACCGCAGUUUCACACAUCAAGCUGGCAGUAAGUCAGUCUUUGCCAGAGCCGUGCAAGUUGUACCUGAAUUGGUCACGGCCAAGGAAUUUGGCCUCGGCAGCGCUCCGGCUCCGAUGGCUGAUCCACUUCCGCGGGCUGUGCUCGGCCCAGACAUGCCAUGAGCCCAUGUUCCGGUGGUUUGCCGUCGCAUCAGGCAAAAUUCAGGCCAACGUCUUAGACGGCUCCGGAAUCCUGUCAUGUGCUGCAGCCCUACAUCACAGGCUGAUCGAGACGCCAUCCCCCGACACUCGGUGCUUCGUGACGGUAUACAAAGCGGAGGCGGGGAGAGAGGUGCUGUCGGGAUUGGCUGGCGCAAGAGGACUGUCGGGCAAGGAUACGGUGCCGGCUGCAGCUGUAGGUAAGCUUACCGCACAAGAAGCACUCAGCCUGGAAAACGCGCGUGAUGUUCAAGGCGAGGAGAUGAUUGGAUAUGAACCUGGAGAUGCUCUGAAGCUUCAAGUCCUGGAUUACGACGAGAAAGAUGAUGACGAUAAUCUUGGACAAGCUCUUCUGCAGAGUGCUGACUUUCAUCCAGACGGAUUUGAAGGCGAGAUCAGCAUAGGUGAGGGCAGUUUGCACGUGCGGGUAGACAUCACGGUGCCGGAUGAUGACGAAGAAGUCUUCGAUCCUGCUGGGCACGUAGGCCCCCACGAUCGCGAGCCUGCGCCCUUCCUGUUGCGGAGCAUGGACACAGGACGAACGCACCGGCUAGUUGCCUACACAAGGAUAGGCCGAAGUCGGAGAAUGCUUGAAGAUAAGAUCGAUCUUGUUUUGGACUCGCCCGGCAACUGCGAUGUGUCUAGGCUCCAUGCUGUCAUCAAGUGCUGGCGGGGGCCUGAUCCAAACGCUUGGCUUGCGCGGAUAUAUGACGAGGGUGCAGAGGGGGGUGCUGGAAUGGGCCCCGGCGGUGGCCACGGUGGCGGUGGAACAACCGUGGAUGGCGAGGCCGUCGAUCCAAUGUUAGGUACUGCCCUGGAGACUGGAAGCGUACUGCGGUUUGGUGUACGAGAAAUGUGGGUCUUUGAGCGUGCGCCAAUGCACUUGCGCAGCCAGGACGCAGAAAUUGCAUGCAACAAAGCUGCAGCCAACUCACAGGAGGAUCCUACCCUCAUAAGAUCGUUGAAGAUUCCUAGCAAUGCAGUAGACUCUGCGCUCCAGAGAUGCCCUGAUUGGUUCUCCAUUGUGCGGGUAGUGCUGGAAUGCCGCCUGGAGCCAGAUGAGCCUGCCUGCGUAGACUGCAUUGAGACUCAAGAUGAGUGCGGCCGCACUGUUGGAAGACAUGAGGCCUACUCGUUGACAGCGCAGCUCAAGUAUGACAUACAGCGCAUUCUUCGUGAGGUCAAAGUUGGCGGCACGGUGAGACUGCGGCUUUCGAAUGAUCCAAAGCUCUUGGCCCCCAUCUUGGAGUACCUGGACAAGCAGCGCGCUGAAAUGCAGGAGAUCUACCAGAGCCGGGCACAGGAAGCGUUGGACUAG